UUAGUGCCUACAUCAACCCAAGUACCCAACCAAGUCUCUCCCACCAACCCAUAUGCACACUCUCCUAAAACCUUCUCUGUUUUCCUCUCAAUAUUCUCCCAUGGCUGGUCUUCAACAAUACAACUUCUUCCCCACUGAUCUCCUUUACCCUCGUCCUCAGCCUUCUCCUUCGUCUCUGGAAUCUGCUUCUGCUAAACCCUCGGCUCUCCCCUUCCAAGAUCCUCGUCCUCAGGAGCAGCAGCAGAAGAAGCCGCAGCACCCUUCUAAAUAUGCUCUGCUUUAUAAUCGCAAGAAGCGAUCUGUGAACAUGAGUAAGGUCGAGAAGAGGCCGUCCAGAUACUCCAUAAAUCCCCUCUCUUUGGUGGCCUUGAUCGAAGACGGUGACGACCUUGACAAUAUUUGAAUCUUGCUUUCGCCAUAAACCCAAUCAAAGAUCUUAAUUGUUAUGCCUAUACAGCCCUCUCUUCUUUUCUUUUAUUUGCUAGAAUUAGAAUCUCAAUUUUUUCGUUUUAAUUAGUUUUUAUGUAUUUUUGCUUAUUUGAGAGGAUUCUGUAAAACCCAUGAAUCUUAUGUUUAUCUUCUUCAAUGCUUAA